AUGGAGCGAUACUGGUUGAACUCGAAUAAAUUGGCGAUAUUCGUUGAGGACGGUGUUCCGUUGUGGACAGAGCACUGGGAUGGCAGACUGAGUCUGCAGGCACAGAUCAGAGAUUCGUGUUAUGAGAAUGUGUUGGUGAGUUGGUUUUUUUUGUGGUGGUAUUUGAUUGGGUUUGGAUUGGGUAUAGAGUGUAUUUGGGCAUUUAUGGAUUGA